UGAGUUUGCUGGUCACAAGUCCAAAGUCCUGCAGUUCUUUCAACUCAAAACACAACACAACACAGUGACAGUUCAGCUCAACACAAUGGCCCGAUAUGAACUUGUUAAACGAUCAGUUGCUCUGAUCACUCUUACCAACCCACCAGUCAAUUCCUUAAGUUCUGCUGUGCGUCAUGGCAUUGCAAAGACCAUGGAUCGAGCCCUGAGUGACCCGAAGGUCACGGCCGUGGUGAUCUGUGGAGAGAAUGGAAGAUUCUGUGGAGGUGCAGACAUCCGUGAGUUUGCUGGGCCUUUGAGAGGACCUCCUCUGCUACCCUUGUUGGAUUCCAUAGAGGCCGGAGAGAAGCCUGUGGUUGCUGCCAUAGAGGGGGUGGCUCUAGGUGGGGGCCUUGAAUUAGCCCUCGUGUGUCACUACCGUAUUGCACACUCUAAGGCACGUCUUGGGCUUCCAGAGGUGACUUUGGGCCUCCUGCCAGCUGCUGGGGGAACUCAGCGUCUUCCCAGGCUCAUUGGCAUUCCUGCUGCCCUAGAACUAAUCACCACGGGCCGCCAUGUCUCUUCCCAGGAGGCUCUGAAGCUGGGCAUCGUUGACCAGGUCACAGAGCAGAAUGCUUGUGAGGUGGCUGUGGAGUUUGCCCUGAGAGCUGUAGCCAAACCGCUGUCUUCCCGAAGACUGAGUGCGCUGACCGUGCCCUGCCCUCCAGAUCUGGAUGUCCUAUUAGAAGCGGUCACUAUGCAGAUUCAGAAGAAGGCUCGGGGAGUGAUGGCACCUAUGGCUUGUGUUCAGGCAGUGCGGGCAGCUGCUACAAUGCCUUACAGCCAGGGAAUAAAGCGGGAGAGUGAACUGAUGGCCACUCUCUUCAACUCUGGCCAGGCCCGGGCUCUUCAGUACUGCUUCUUUGCUGAGAGGUCUGCUGGGAAAUGGACUCUACCUAGUGGAGCGCAAUGGAAUGACACCAAACCUAGAGAGAUCCGGAGUGCAGCCGUUAUAGGUCUGGGCACAAUGGGAAGGGGCAUUGCGGUGUCUCUGGCACGUGUGGGAAUUUCUGUCAUUGCUGUAGAGUCAGACAAGAAACUCAUGGAGACUGGCAGGCAGAUGGUGAUUGGCAUGCUGGAGAGAGAUGCCAAAAGACGGGGAGUGAGUGCCUCUCUCAAUCUCCUCAAAUUCACCCUCAGCUUACAGGACCUGAAGGAUGUGGACCUUGUUAUUGAAGCAGUCUUUGAAGACAUGGUACUUAAGAAGCGUGUUUUCCAAGAAUUGUCCAAGGUGUGUAGACCAACCACUCUACUCUGCUCCAACACCUCUGGUCUGGAUGUGGAUGCGCUGGCCGGUGUGACGGAUAGACCGCAGCUGGUGAUUGGGAUGCACUUCUUCUCGCCGGCACAUGUCAUGAAGCUCUUAGAAGUUGUCUGUGGGCCUCGCUCCUCAAGUGAAACCAUCGCUACAGCGAUGAGUCUUGGGAAGAGGAUGGGAAAGGUGAGUGUUGCUGUUGGAAACUGCCCUGGUUUUGUCGGAAACCGCAUGCUGAAGCCUUACUCUGAUCAAGCCACCUUCCUGCUGGAGGAGGGGGCCACACCUGAACAAAUCGACAAGGUUCUGGAGGACUUUGGUUUCGCAAUGGGUGUCUUUAGGAUGUCUGACCUUGCAGGUCUUGAUGUUGGUUGGAGAGUCCGGAAGGAAUCCGGGUUGACCGGGCCUGAUGUCGACCCGAAAAAUCCCCCACGUAGGCGCCAAGGGCGUAAGUACUGUCCCAUUCCAGACAUGGUCUGUGAGCAAGGCAGGUUUGGCCAGAAGACCGGUCGUGGCUGGUACAUGUACGACAAACCUGGGGGCACAAACGCAAAGCCUGACCCACUGAUCCAGAACCUCCUUGAGACGUACAGGAGCAGGUACGGCAUUAAACCGCGCAAUAUUACAGAUCAGGAAAUGAUCGAGCGAUGCCUUUUCGCCUUGGCCAACGAGGGCUUUCGUAUUCUGGAGGAUGGCAUAGCUGCCCGACCGGAGGAUAUUGAUGUCAUCUAUCAGUUCGGUUAUGGCUUUCCAAGGCACCGUGGUGGGCCCAUGUUCUACGCCAGCAUGGUGGGCCUGGAAAGAGUCCUGGAGAGGUUGGAGCAUUACCACCAAGCCCAUCCUGAUGUGUCUCAUUUAGAGCCCAGUCCUCUUCUGAAAAAACUUGUGGCUUGUGGCAGUCCUCCUAUCCAAAAAUGGAGAGAGCAUAUCAAAACAAUGCACAGCCAUCUCUAAGAGCACCAUGAACAACAUGCUAUGUGUUAAGUUUAAAACUCUACAUAAAGCCGGUUAUUAA